AUGAUCGAGAACGCCGUUCAGUUGUUCGACAUUGUCCAAGACAAGGGAUUCUAUCAUAGACGUUUUGUUCUCUCUGCUCAUCUUUGCAUCACCACACACGACUUGGGGAUACUCUCUCGAAAAAAUAGCUUACACUUAGCAAAGUUCCCCAGCUCAUUUUUAGAUCAUCACGGACGACUUGGGGACACUCUCUCGAAAGAUAGCCUGUAUCUACCGAAGUUCAAUUGUUCAGCUUUACAUCACCACGAGCGACUUAGGAAAGGUAGCCGGUACCUGCCGAAAUCCAUCUGCUCAUAUUUAAAUCACCACGCGCAACUUGCGGACGCUCUCUCUCUCUCUCGAAAAAAAAGCCUAUUCAUUUCCUUUCUUUCUUUCUUAACCCCCUUAAGUAGCCGUUUCUUAUUUUCUUUCUUUUCCGGUUCAUUCAUUAAGCCUACUUUCUUUCUUUCUUUCUUUGGCGCUUUCUUUCUUUUCUUGCUAUCGAUUGUUUCGUUUGAUCAGUACACCAUUUUCUUUCUCGACGACGCCACAAACCAAAUGCUCAAUAUCUCGUGUUUCUUCUUAAGAUAUUAUUUUAUUCUUUCAUCUCUUUAUUCCUUCUUGCUUUACCGGGCAACAUUUGAAUACUCCGAGGAAUUGAGUGAUCUCUUGCUUUUAAUGACCUUACUUUUUAAUGUUUUUCAUUCUCUUCCUGACUCAUUUUUCUUUCUUUCCUGGAAUCAUUUUUGCUUUUCCACCAAUUCGUUUUCAUUUAAUCUUUUUCAUUCUCUUCCUCUCUCAUUUUUCUUCAAUAGACUUAUGCUUUUCCCCGCAUCUGUUUUCAUUUCAUCCUGUCUCAUUUUUCCUCUCUUAUUUCCUGAAAUUAUUUUUCCUUUUUCCUCCAGUUUUCUCUUUUACCAUUUUUGUGUUUUUUUCUUCUUCGCUAUCUUAUUUAUUUAUUUCGUUCUUCCUGUCUUGCUUCUUUCCAAUUUUUAUCUUUUUUGUUUCUUUCUUUCUCUUUCUUUCUUUGUGCUCUUCUUUCUUUCUUGUUUGCUUGUUUCUUUGUUUCGUAUCUUUUUUCUCUCUUUCUUCCUUUUACUCUCACUUUUGUCUCUCCCUUUUCCAUCCCUCUUCUUUUUUACUUUUCCGACUAUUUUUUUCUUUUUUAUUCUGCUUCCUUUCCUCCUUUCCCCUUUUUUCCUUUUACUAAUCUUUCUCCAUUUUCUUUUCCUUUUUCCUCCUCUUACUGUCUUUCCCUCUCUUUCACCCUUUUCCCGACGUUUCUUUUACUCCCUCGUUCCUUUGUCUUUCUUCAUUUUUUAUUAUUUUUACGUUAGACAUUUUUCUUGUUCACUUGCUUUUACUCUACUUUCUUUCUCUCUUUUCCUUCUUUUUCCCGUUUUUCUUUCUUUUUUUGCCCUCUUUCUUUCAUUUUUCACUUUCUUUUUCUCAUUUUUCUUCCUUUUUUCUUGUUUCCCCUUUUUUCUUUCUUUUUCCUUCUUUCUUUCCUUUUCUCACCUUUUUCUUCCUUUCUCUUCUCUUUCCGAUUUCCUGUCUUUCUUUCUUACAUUCGUUCUUUACUCCUUCCUUCCUUCCUUCCUUCCUUCCUUCCUUCUUUCUUUCUUUCUUUUCUCCUUGGCUCUUUCUUCAUAUUAA